CACACACACAUACACAUACACACACCCUGCACCCACUCCUGUAGAUCCUGCUGUGGAAAAGUACAAGUGUUCCUGAAACCUCUGUGCUUCUGCAACCAUGCACUUUUAGAACGUUGCUCAGAAGGUUUUAGCCAAGAAAAUCAGAUCAGAAAGAAAGACAAAGAAGUGUGAAGAAAAGUGAGAAAGUCAGAUCAACAGAAUCAUCAGCAGCUGUAUUGUGGGACAGCUAUUUGUCUGCUUCUUCUCCAGAACUUUCAAGCUUCCAAAAAUCACACCAUGUCAGGGAACACACAGAAGACCAGAAGCUGUCCCAUCCCGACCCGUGUGAUCCAGCUGAAGGACUGGUCUCAGCUCCCAGACUGCUACAGCCAGACGCCUGGAGGAACCCUGUUCUCCACCACACCAGGAGGCACUCGUAUCAUUUAUGACAGAAAGUUCUUGCUGGAGUGUAGGAACUCGCCGAUCGCUCGGACCCCGCCCUGCUGCCUGCCCCAGAUUCCCGGGGUGACGGUUCCUUCCAAUCAUCCACUGGGCAAACUUGAGGAAUUGAAAGAGGAGCUGGAGGAAGAAAAGGAUGCAGCAGCUGAUGACAGCCAGUUCGAGAUGGACAUUUGAGUGUGGGAUGUGCCUCCUGUGGAGAACGCAUUUGUGCUGGGACGCUGCUACGUUUUUCCAUCGACCAGCUUUCACUGAAUUCACUCAUUUCCGUUUUUGAAGUUACGAGAUAACGUAUAGUAACACUCGGAGGGUGUUUUUCGUUUGUUUACAGCUUUAUUUCAGGUAUUUUUUUUUUUUUCCAUCAGCAAGAAUACAAAGAACAGAGACUGGAUGUCUGUGCAUCCUUUCAACGAUUCUUAUUGUACAUACGGUACUUUGUAUUUUUAUUUUUAUUUUUAAGGGAAAUAAUUUGAUUUAAUUAGAAGGGGGUGGUGGUGGGGGGCUGGGGGGGGUUAACGUGGUAUAAUUCAGAGUCGUGCCUUAAGAAUAUCUGAACGAAUGAUAUAUGACGUCCCAAACGCAACGUGAAAGUUUUUAUUUUAAACACCAACCAUUUCUACGACGACACAUUUUUUUUUCCUUCUUCGCUUUGAAGGUUUUUCUCUCGACUGUCGUUUGACGAGUUUUUAUUACUUUUAUUAAAAUUGUGACAUGAAACUUA